AGUCUAAAAGUGAUUGAGACUUGAAGUGUAGCCUUUAAGGGUUAAAAUUUUCUAUAUUUAUUUCUACUUCGUUUAACGUCUUCAUAUAUCUUAAUAGUUUUGUACGCAAAAUAUACGCAUAUAAAUAGUGACAUGUAUCGUAAAACGGACAAACAAGUAUGCACAUGUUUCUGAGAAGAGAUUCCCUCGUCGUGAUCGAGUGCGGUUCACCGAAUGGCACCUUUCGAUUUCACGAAAGAUGUGAUUGUCGGCAACUGUGGCGCAAGUUAUGCCUGAAGCGACCCUCAAGAACUCACCGUUCGAAGAUCGAAGAGAUGCGUAAAAUCCACCUUGACCCCGCGCAUUGAGAGAUACCUUUCGGAAAUGAGUUCGCACUCCCAUGCGAGGACGUUGUGCACCGGAAACGCAGUCUCUGGCGCAUUCUCGGCGCUACAUCUCCUGCGGAGUUACAGCCUCUUCGCUCCGAACUCAGAUCUAUGCAGGUACGAGGCGUACCCGUCCCGGGACUACGGCUUCGUCGAGCCGGAUAUUUUGUCGAGUUCCGUGCCGGCGGAUUCCUCGCCGUUAACGUCCUCUUCCCUGUCAGCGACGCUCUCGCUGCCGGGGACUCUGCUUCAGCCGCCCUUUCUAGCGACGAUGCCACCCUUGAUGCAAUCCCUGAGCGUGCCUCAAUCCUUCUCAACUUCCCCCACAGGUGCUAUGAACCGCCACUUCGUCACUACGAAUGGCAUGACCGCUCUCCACAGAAGACCCAGAAGCGAGAAGAAACCGAUUCCGGACGAGCAGAAGGACGAAAAGUAUUACGAGAGGCGUAAGCGGAAUAACCAGGCGGCGAAGAAGUCGCGGGACGCCCGCAAGAUCAGGGAGGACCACAUCGCGCUAAGGGCGACGAUGCUGGAGCACGAGAACGCGAUCCUGAAGGCGCAGAUAGUGACCCUUCGGGAGGAGGCGCAAUCCUUGCGGCAUAUGUUGCUCAAGCAACACGCCCCGGCGAUCCAAUCGAUCGAACGAUCGCUCUCGUCCGUGACGCCCGUGACGCUCUCUCCACCGCGUACGAGCGCGGAGAGAGAGCGUCUGGAUUGUUAAUUAAUUCCCCCGGAGAUUCCUCCGAAAUGCGUGUGUGUACGAAUGUUUAUUAUACAUACGAAACUCAAAUCCGGUUGCGAUUUGUACCGGCGAACUCGCGCGAAACCAAUUUCAUGCCCGUUUCUAUCAACAUAGAUUAAUUUUAAUCUCGGUUUAACUUAACUUUUUCGAAAAGUAAAAAAAAAAUAAGUUUAUUAAAUCGAGAUUAAAGUUAAUUGGUAAAAAUGGACAAUCGGUUUCAGAGAAGAUUAGGAUAGAAUCCGAAGAGACUUCGGAGACUUUAUUAUUUAUUGUUGGAAUUAUUAUAUCAUCCAUUUUAAGUGUAAUUAUAUAUAUGACUGUUGCUUGAACGCUAAUAAAAAGAGAUGAUUCAAGAUAUA